GUUUUCUAGAAAUCAGUGAAAUGUGGGUUUCCUCCAGGUAAUAUAUUUAUCAUCGCACAGUUCUGUACAUUCGUCUUUGCUUUGGAAACGAAUUAAGGUAUUAGCUUUUUGCGUCUCGCGUUUCUCUGCAGGUCCGAGUUGUUCUCGGUCCCUGGAAGAGUGAGAGGAGUGCGGUGGGCACUAUGAGCGGGGCGGCGCUGGGAAUAGAGAUUGUGGUUGUCUUUUUCCUGGCUCUCUUCCUCCUGCAUCGCUAUGGCGACUUCAAGAAGCAGCAGCGCAUGGUUCUCUUUGGCACACUGCUGGCUUGGUAUUUAUGCUUUCUCAUCGUCUUCAUUCUCCCCCUGGAUGUCAGCACGACAAUCUACAAGCAGUGUUUAAUUGAUCACGAAGCACAUGCCCGGACGCCCUCUGUGAGCCCUGUCCUUUCAAACCAGACCACUUCGAAUACCUCCAUCUCACCCACUAAAAGUGCGUGCUAUAAACCAUGGAGCUACAUUCCAGAUGGCAUCAUGCCUGUGUUCUGGAGAGUUGUUUAUUGGACCUCGCAGUGUCUUACGUGGCUCCUUCUGCCAUUCAUGCAGUCGUAUGCUCGUUCUGGAGGAUUCUCCAUUACAGGAAAGAUCAAGACGGCCCUCAUUGAGAAUGCCAUCUAUUAUGGCACAUACCUUUUCAUCUUCGGCUCUCUUCUCAUUUACGUGGCAGUACAUCCUCAGUGGCAACUCUCCUGGUAUGAGCUGCAAACCAUCGGCAUCACUGCGGCCAACACUUGGGGUCUGUUUCUUCUAGUGCUGCUUCUGGGCUACGGCCUGGUUGAGAUCCCUCGCUCGUACUGGGAGGCCUCGCGCCAGGGUCACCUCCUCAUCAAGACUUAUUUUAAAGCAGCCAAGCUCAUGACAGAGAAAGCAGAUUCAGAGGAGAACCUAGAAGAUGUCAUGGAGGAAGUGAGAAAAAUCAAUGAAUCUAUCAAAUAUAAUCAUCCGUUGAGGAAGAAUGUAGACACCAUUCUCCGAAAGUGUCCAGUUGAAUAUCAGGAGAAAAUGGGCAGAAACAUGGACGACUUUGAGGAUUUUGAUGAUAAACAAAACGCGUAUCCUACUGAAAGAAGCCUUUCCAAACUACACAAGCAGGUGAUUUACGCCGUGCAGCGACACAAUCGCACCCGUGUUCAGUGGCAGAUAUUGCUGGAACAGGCUUUUCAUCUCGAGGACGUUGCCAAGAACGAAACUAGCACCUCUCGGCAGUUCGUUCACAGCUUUGCCCCUCCAGAACCUGUAGGCUGGUUCAGACGCUACAUUUAUACUCCCUCAGUAGAGUGGUACUGGGAGUGUUUGCUGAAGCAGUGGUUUUACCGUGUGCUGUCUGUGGUUCUGUCGCUCUUUUCGGUGGCUGUGGUUUGGUCCGAGUGCACUUUCUUCAGCACUCGUCCGGUUCUGUCACUCUUCGCUGUAUUUAUCCAGCUUGCUGAAAGGGAUUACAACUACCUGUACAUUGAGAUGGCGUGCUUCAUUACCAUCUUUUUCCUCUGCACCUGCGUCUACUCCACUGUAUUUCGUAUCCGAGUCUUCAACUACUACUACCUGGCCUCACAUCACCAAACCGACGCUUACAGCCUGCAGUUCAGCGGCAUGCUUUUUUGCCGCUUGACUCCCCCGCUUUGUCUGAACUUCCUGGGACUGAUUCACAUGGAUUCAGCCAUAUCCCACCAAGCAAAGGAGCAAACGGCAUACACCUCUAUCAUGGGUUCAAUGAGGGUCUUGUCCUUCAUUGCCAAUGGCUUCUACAUAUAUUACCCCAUGCUGAUCGUCAUUCUCUGCAUUGCUACAUACUUCAGUCUUGGCACACGUUGCCUGAACCUCCUGGGUUUCCAGCAGUUCAUGGGAGACAACGAAAUGACCUCUGACCUCAUAGAUGAAGGCAGAGAACUCCUGCGCAGAGAAAGAAGAAAACGCCAAAGAAUAGAAGAUGGGGAGAACAGACGAAGAGAAUGGAGAGAGCGUUAUGCACAACGAGAUGAGAUUGCUGCCAGAAAUCGGAUGUCCAUGUCCGAGAUGAAGGAAACCAACUAUGGCGAGACCCUAAAUUCAAACACGAACCGGCAGGCCAAGUACACCCGUAGCGGCAGCCAGACAGGACGAGACAGCAUUGAGUUGUUGCAAGAUGCUGAGCCGCUGGACUUUAAUGCUGAAACACUCAAUGAUGACCCUUUGCAAUCUGAACCUGGCAGACAUGCCGGUGGAAGGUACCUCUCAAUGUCUUCUUCUCGAAGCCGAAUCUUUGAUGAUGUUUGAUGUUUCUCACUACCAUGAGAAAAUAAGCUGAAUUUUACCUCUAAAACGCUCAUCUCUACAGGUGUGGUCUGUCCCUCUCAAUUUAAACAUCUUCAACUUCCUGUAUGCUGUAAUGCAGUGUAGUCAUCAGCAUGCAUCCUGAUAAACACAGACACAUAGAAAAAUACACACACUUGUUUUGAAGUGCCAGACAGUCAGACUGCUAGUUGAGACAAAUCAGAAAGGCCUCUUUCGCUUACAGUUUCCUCGAACAAUGAGUCAGAGGUAAUGCUGAACAGUCUAGCACGUCAUGAAAGAUACUACAGAUGGGAAAGAUUUAGAUCAUUACACUGUUUCUCAUAAUUUUCUGCUGAUAGGUAUCAGGUCAUGUAUCUGAGUGUUUACAUCAGUCAAGUAAAUAUGAACUGACAUCAAUGUGGCCAAUUUGUGUUAGUUGUUACUGUGAAUAGAGAUUUUAUAGGUCUAGAUAUAGGCUGUCUUACAGAAUACUGUGCAGUUGUGUAUGUUUGUUUGUUUUUUUAAUUGUUUUGAGGAUUAAGGGGUUUGGAAUUUUGCAGUAUAAAUAACAUCCAUAUUUACAUUUUCAAAGUAUAAUGGCCAUUCAUCUGGGAGGCAAAAAAAUAAGUACAUAAAUGUAUUAAAUAUAUUACAAUAAUAAUAUAUAUAUAUAUAUAUAUAUAUAUAUAUAUAUAUAUAUAUAUAUAUAUAUAUAUAUAUAUAUAUAUAUAAAAUGUGAAGUUCAUCUUAAUAUUCCACCCAUUAAACUGUUAUUUUAUCUUUUUUAAAGAAUGAAGAAAAUAACUAAGUAUAGUAUUUAUUUAAAAAAAAAAAUAAUAAUAAUAAAUUGGUACUUAAACUGUGUUAUUUAUAUCUUUUGGACACAUUCUUUGCUUGUUUCAGAUGGCUGCUACUCAGCUGUUAUUAACUUAUUUAUAAUUGUUAAUUAAUAUUUGUUUUAACAUUAUUUUAGUUCUAGUCUUGUGGAUGAAUGUCUCAUAGGCCAUUUUUGAUUUGCACUGUCACGUACGUCACGUAUUCAGAAUAGGCAAAGCUGUUAAAAUAUAUUUAAGAACACAUUCUGUUGUGUCAGGUUAAAUGCAUUACAAAAAGUACUUAUGUGCUGUUUUUUCAGACUUCUCUUUAUCUCGUCUCUUUAUCACAAGCUCAGUUUUCUUAUAGAAAACGGACCGUCAGUAUAUGAAUGUCUUGAAGGAACCGUUAGCAACUACAUAACAAGCUUCUAAAACAAGACUAGCGAGUGCAUGUCAACAUGUGAGGGAAUCACAUUUUUAAUACAUAAAAUUCUCACUGUACACAGAGCCAUCAAGCGUAUCUUUGCAUGGUAUUCUUCUGAAUAUGCGGAGGAGUCUUGUUUCUCACAGGAAGUGCAGUAGCAGCUAUGAGUAAUUUAUAUUUCACUGCAUAGUAUGUCUGUACUCUCCUCAAAUGCUAAGCAUCUUGAUUUCAUUUUUAUUUAAUGUAUAUUCAUAGAAAAUGUAGCCCUUCAAUUUUAAAUAAGGGGGCCUUAUUUUGUGUUUUUGGUUCAAACCUUUUGGUUUGAUGAUAAUUAUUCAUAUCUACUGUGUAUUUAUGAAGACUUUCUUUCCAAUGAGGUGUAAUCUUUUUGAUAUGGUCAGUCCUCAAGUAGUGUAUUGAUGAAGGCCAACUGGAAUCUAAUGCUGGAAUCUGUUGAUUUGUAUAUUUGGUGUAAGUGAAAAUUGUGGUACAUUCCAAAUAGACACAUAUGUAAUCUUGCAAUUAUGAAUAAAUGAUUGAUUCAAUCGCA